CUUCUCUUGAUCUACCAUGGACUCCAUCAGUUUGCAUCGCUCAUUCAUCAUCUCCCAUAGUAUCUUCGUUAUUUAGCAGGAGUGCGCCAGACACUGGAGGCGCACAAUAUUCACUUCUAUAUCGGUUACCAUGGACAAUAAUAGCCUCGCCAUCCGCAAUAUACCCGCCUAUGGACCCCGGACUUGUCGCAGGGAAGAGUCCGUUCAAGGUCAUGAGCUCGAAGCUAGUGAACCCUUCAAUUGGUUAGUCUCGCAAUCUCCCUCAGACAUCGCCUACCCACAAGAUAGCGUCCACAAUGUCGACAAGAAGAGAACAGCAGCAUCGUACAAGGACAUAUUGAAUAAUGUUCUAAACCCUUUGAGUCCUCCAAGCAGUUCAGACAUGGUAGAGCACAUCGAAUUAGAGCAUUUGCAGGAAGGUCGUCAAUCUGACCAGAAGUACCAGCAACAAGGCUUUAGCCAUGGUCAUCACUCAGACAGUGUAGGAAGCACAUAUUCCUCUGAGAAGGCUGUGGAGGACCUUUCUCUUUCCAGGUGGACUACGACACAAAGUCCGGCAACCCAUUCAGGAGCAUCCUCGACAGACAAACGAACAUUGCACACCGCACAGGAAAUGAUACGACUUGAGCGGAUACGGGCGUCAGUACAUGCCUUUUUGAACCAACGAUUCUCAGUGCACGAAUACACUGUUCCUCGACUCUUUAUUGUCUUGCCUGACGACGAGAUUGAUGUCGACACCUCAGGCGAGUAUGCGGAAACAGCACCGACGGCGGUAACAGCAGAUGGGACAACGGCUGAUGCAGAUGGAACAGCAGCAGGAGCCAGCAGUUUCCCUACAUCUUCUCGACAUCGACUUUACUUUUUGUGCGAGUGCAGCCCCAGUUUCACAUUACCCCUUGGCAGCGGAUUAAACCAUCUGCAUAUUGCCAAGCAUGCGGGAUACCCAAUCGACCCGGCGCGGCAGGAUGAGUUCUUUCAGUGGUACGGCGACAUGAUUCUUACACUGCUCUACUUUCUCAAGUAUGGCGAUGAUCUCACUGAAAAUCCCUCUGCCGCCUCUCCACCAGUAUCUACACAGAACCGGCGACAACAACCAGGACAGGUACAACAACAACCGAACACAUUGUACUCAAAGGAUGCAGGCUUAAGGAGUGUGACACGGAUAUCGAAUCUGCGAAGGUCCGACUUGCCAGACUCGAUCGCUCAAGGGAUCGAGAAUAAAUUCGAUAGGAUGAUUGAGUAUCUUGAGCGACUGCGGACAGCUUCUACAGAAACAAUCGACAGGGCUGAAGAGGCUGAUGAUGGGCGUGGCUCCGCAGAAGAAGAGAAGGCAUUCCAGGGACUCGUCAGCCUGUCUGAUUUGCACCGACUCUAUUCUUUUCUGGGGAUUGCGGACAUUCACAAGCGGGCACAAUCUGGACAGCUGGGGAACUUGUACCGAAUCAGCAACGUGGAGAGCCAGGUCAGUUGGGUGUGUGUGUAUCAUUACCGGUGGACAUUUCUCGAGAAGAACAUCGACGAGUUUGAACGCUGGGUCGUCACCCGCCGAGGCCUCUUCGACAAGCAGUCUGGAUCUGUCUCCAUUACACUCUUCUCUGGAGCGCACAUGCGGACCUUCUGCUCCUGGAUUACCAACAAAGUUGCACCGUCACUUGUGGAGGCCCAUAUCAAACUGGGCUGGCAUUUCGGCAAGAAGGAUCUCUGGAAACUUGCCAAGACUCUAGCCAGUUCAACAGUAACGGUGCUUUCGUUGGAUGGGGGCUUGUACGCCGAACACUCAAAGUACAGGGUCUUGCACAAGAAGUACGAUCCGAUCCUGCAUCUGCUCACCUAUGGACAGCUGCAUUCGCUGGAAAUUUCACGCUUCCCAUCAUUGUUUUCAAGGCUAUCAGCAAGGACUACUAAGGCGCUGUCGAUUAGGCGACUGGAGUUUGGACCCGGAAUGGAAGUGAACCCGAAGGAUCGCAGGGUGUUCAGUAAUUUCAUCGCCUCGUGCACGUCGUUACAGGAGCUGAUUCUGCCAGAACUAAAUAUUUCGGACCCACAGAUGCAAGCAAUCGUGAGCGGUAUCCGAACAGUCACCUCGCUGUCGAUGCUGGAUCUGUCGAAGAGCCGUCUCAAUGACGGUGCAGCCAUUAUUCUCGCUCAAGGAUUAUUCAAGACCAACAUCUGUAACCUGGAUCUCUCGGGGAACGAGCGCUUGACGGAUGCGGGUGUCGCUAGGGUCAUUCGAGCCAUUGGGCCGCGAUUGACAAGUCUGAAGAUGGCGCAGACGGGCUUUGGAGACGUGGCAGCAGCAGCCUUGGCAAAAAGUAUGGAUGGUAUUUCAAUCACCAGCACAUUGCAGGACCAGUUGAAUCUUCAGCAACGGCUUGAUAUCGCAGCCAUAUCUGCUGGACACCGACCAGGGCUCCGUCUAGCGGUCGACAACCCGCUUUUCGCUAUGACUCCCAGACCGCGGCCGGAGGUGCGUGAGAAGACGCAUUCGAAGGGACACCUAGUCUAUUUGGACAUCGAGGACAAUCAAUGCACAGUGCAGGGAUUCAGGUCGUUGGCGAGUAUUAAGUCGAGACUUUAUUUCGUAUAUCUGAAUCUCUCUGGUAGCAAGGAGCUGCAGGAUAUGGAGUGUGCACAGAUUCUGGAAAGGGUCGCAAGUUCCGCAAUGGUCACCUUGCGACUUGCGGGCACAGGAUUCAGCGACCAAUCGGCAGAGGCCCUUUCGAAGGCACUUCUUUCACGCUUUCCGAACAAUCAUGAGGGGCAUUCGCGGAUACCAGUAUCAUGUCAACUUGAGGAGAUAGAUUUGCGGGCUUGUCCGAUCAGCUCAGAGGGACUCUUGGCGUUGUGUAGGGCGCUCGCUCAGACACGGACGUCCUCGUGCUUGAGGACCAUGGACAUUGGGCAUUGCAGGCAGGUACACGACCAUGCCAUGCAGCAACUCCUCAGGGCUCUCGUUAUACCAAACGGGUCGACUUGGGCUCCUACGAUACCAGGAAGAAGGAGACCCAGUCGAGUGGACUUGGGAUCACAAUCUUUGACAGCAAUAGGAUCCGCUAGGGGGAACAUGAACUCGUCUUGGGGACCACAGGAUUUUCAGGAUGAUCGGGGCGAUAGUGGGGGCCGAGAUGGAAGCAGGGCAGGGAUAUUUGGAAGACAAGGAUCUAGAUGCCAACUAGUUCGAUCGGACUCUGACCCAACGCCGCACUCUACUAUAUUUACUGGCGGUGACACUACAGUCUAUAUCGAUUCUGCAGGUCAAUUCAGCUUAAUGCCUCCUAGGAUGCCCUUGCAGCCGCCGAUGGGGUUCUUUACGAAUCUGCGACAGCUGGAUCUCAACAGUACUCGAGUUGGAGACGGCACCGCCUGGCUCUUGGCCCAGGCGCUCCUGCAGUCAUGGACCAUGAUCAGAUCACUCACAAUCUUGGAUGCGGCGGAUAUGACUGUUCAGGGGAUGUGUUUGAUCAUCGACGCACUCUGCGGGAACUCCACUGUGCAUGAUUUUGGCAUCGGCAAGAGUGGUGCGAUCCUGCAGUCGGAUUUGGACCUCUUUGGAGCCGGACUCGUCAACCUAAUGGAGAUGAACAAGCGGAUCCGGUCACUGACUACGCUCGGUGCUCCUCUGGGCUCGCUUGCCAAGGGGUUGUUGCUGAAUCAGUCCCUCCAUUCCGUCUAUCUUAUCCGGUCCAGGGGUCAGUUUGAGGAUCUGCAGCUGAUGGGCCAGGCGUUGUCGCUCACGCGAUCGUUGUUGGUCUUCUGGAUGGGAGGAUCGGACGAGUCGCUUCUGGGUCCUCUCAAUCAAGGAUCUGACGAGCAGCAGCAGCCGAUACAGGGCAUUAGUGACUCACCUUCGACUUCGGCUCCUUCAUCACAGCGGGCACAGUUUCAGCAACACCAGCAGCAACAGGAGGAGCAACAGCAUGAGAACAUGUACAGGAACUUUCAUCUGUUGCACAACCAAAAUGACGAUCAACAACACCAUCCGGAGCGUUAUCACCACCACCUACAUGGAGCCCAGCAUUCUCAAUCUUUGUCCAAGAGUAUCGAGUCCGUGCUGAAGAAGACGUUUGGGUUCCAGCCAAAGCAGAGCAAAGGGAAGCAGCAGGCAUCCGCAGAGGGAGACCAUACAGCAGAAUCCUCUACGCCUCUUUCCCCUCCUCCUCAUAAUCUGCGUCCCCUGCCAAACGCUAACCCAACAUCCGGGGCCAACAUCGCCAGCACAGGAAGAGCGGCUAUCACUGGAGGCAAUGCAGCGACAGCCUCAGGUCCAUGGACGCGGCAUCCGAUUAUCGAGGGCAUUCGUCGGAACUACAGCUUGAUCAAGGUUGUUCUCGACACCUCGACCCUAUCUCCUGCAGCAGCAGCAGCAGCGGCAGCGGCCGCCACCGGGGCGAAUCCCACAUGGCACAAUUCGCAGGCUGGCAACGCACAGGGGGUCACUCAGCAGCAGGAGCUGGUGCAACAAUAUCAGUUGCAGCAGCAACAACAGCUUCAGAAGAAGAUCAUGGUGAAUCGGAAACUUCUGAGGGAGCGUGGGCGAGUUGGAUGGGAGGAACUGAAGCUUUUAGGGGUCGAUGACGAUGUCAUACGCGAAGUCUGCCAAGAUACCCGGCAGCUAUAGUCAUCUAAACUACUUUCAUAAUAUCAAUUCUUUCAAUGCGUGCAGAGAGAUAUGCAUGUAACCUGGCCAUCGCUGAUAGAGAAUUGAUUGAAAGAAACUGCGACGAAUGGCAACUUUGGAGAAUGAACCGUACCAUGACAAGCAGACUGUGUGCAUUCUUCCAUUCCGGUUACUCUGUUGGCGUUCAUCCUACCAAUAAAUGUGUUUUUUUCUUUGUGCAGGUCU